CGAGCACCAUGUGCCGGCCAGCGCUCGCCCGGCUGCUGCUCCUCCAGCUGCUGCUGCUCAAGCUGCACCUCGGCAAAGGCGCCGUCAAGGAGUGCGAGGAGAACCAGUUCCAAUGCCGGAACGAGCGGUGCAUCCCCGCCAUCUGGAAAUGCGACGAGGACGACGACUGCUCGGAUAACAGUGACGAGGCAGAUUGCCCAAAGAAAACUUGUGCUGAGUCAGAUUUCACUUGUGACAAUGGACACUGCAUCCCAGCCAGGUGGAAAUGUGAUGGGGAAGAAGAAUGUCCCGACGGGUCGGAUGAAUCAGAAGCAGCCUGCACCAAACAAGUGUGUCCAUCUGAAAAAAUUAGCUGUGGAGACUUAAGCAACAAGUGCAUCCCAUUGUCCUGGAGAUGUGAUGGGCAGAAGGACUGUGAAAGUGGAAUUGAUGAGGCUGGUUGCACUCCUGCCUGUUCGCCCAAUGAGUUCCAGUGCAGUAACAAGUCGUGCAUCUCCAUCAUCUUCGUGUGUGACGGCGACAACGACUGCGGGGAUGGCAGCGAUGAAAGGAAGUGCUCCCCUCUGACCUGCAACCCCAGCGAGUUCCAGUGCAACAACAGCGUGUGCAUCCCGGAGCUGUGGGUGUGCGACAACCAGCCCGACUGCGAGGAUCAGUCGGACGAGUCCAUGGAGAAGUGCGGCUACGACGCCAAGGCGCUCAACACGUGCGCGGCCCACGAGUUCCAGUGCGGGAACGGCGAGUGCAUCCACCUCAACUGGAAGUGUGACGGGGACGAGGACUGCAAGGACAAGUCUGAUGAGCAGGACUGCCCUCUGGUGACCUGCCAGCCAGAUGAAUUUCAGUGCGGUGAUGGGACCUGUAUCCAUGGAGCAAAGCAGUGUGACAAGGUGCACGACUGUCCUGACGACAGCGAUGAGGCCGGCUGUGUCCAAGAGUCAGCAUGUGAAAGUCCCAGCAAGUUUCAGUGUAAGAGUGGAGAGUGCAUUGACGGAGGCAAAGUGUGCGAUUCACAUAGAGACUGCAGGGACUGGUCUGACGAGCCUCUGAAAGAAUGUGGUGUUAAUGAAUGCUCGAUGAACAACGGUGGCUGCUCGCACAUAUGCAAAGAUUUGAAGAUCGGUUACGAGUGCGAAUGCCCGCCUGGAUACAAGCUUCUGGAUAAAAAAACGUGUGGAGACAUAGAUGAAUGUGAGAAUCCAGACGCUUGUAGCCAGAUCUGCAUUAAUUACAAGGGAGACUACAAAUGUGAGUGCUACGAAGGAUACGAGAUGGACACCCUGUCCAAGAACUGCAAAGCUGUAGGCAAGAGCCCGUACCUGAUCUUCACCAAUCGCCACGAGGUCCGUAAAAUAGACCUGGUGAAAAGGGACUAUUCCCGUAUCAUUCCCAUGCUGAAGAACGUGGUGGCGCUGGAUGUGGAGGUGUCAACAAACAGAAUAUAUUGGUGUGACUUGUUCUACCGAAAAAUCUACAGCGCCUACAUCGACAAAGCCAGCGACACGGCCGAGCAGGUGAUCCUCAUCGACAGCCAGCUCAACUCCCCCGAGGGACUGGCCAUCGACUGGGUCCAUAAGAACAUCUACUGGACAGACUCUGGAAACAAGACCAUCUCAGUGGCCACUGCAGAUGGAAGCAGGAGGAGGACACUUUUCAACAGUGACCUCAGCGAGCCCAGAGCCAUCGCUGUGGAUCCCACACAGAGGUUCAUGUACUGGUCUGACUGGGGAGACAAAGCCAAGAUCGAGAAGGCCGGUCUGAACGGCGUGGGGCGGCGGGUGCUGGUCACCGACAACAUCGAGUGGCCAAACGGCAUCACCCUUGAUUUGCUGAAUCAGCGUCUCUACUGGGUAGACUCCAAAUUGCAUUCACUGUCCUGCAUUGAUUUCAAUGGCAGCAACAGAAAAGUUCUGAUCUCCUCUGUGGAUGAUCUGAGCCAUCCUUUUGGCUUGGCAGUGUUUGAGGACAGAGUGUUCUGGACUGACCUGGAGAACGAGGCGAUCUUCAGUGCAAACAGGCUCAAUGGCUUGGACAUCUCCAUUCUGGCAGAGAAUCUCAAUAACCCUCAUGACAUCGUGGUGUUCCAUGAAUUAAAGCAGCCCAAAGCUCCAGAUUUCUGUGAGCUCAGCCCCCAGCCAAACGGAGGCUGUGACUACUUGUGUCUUCCUGCACCUCAGAUCUCGCCCCAUUCCCCCAAGUACACGUGUGCCUGUCCUGACAAUAUGUGGCUGGGUCCUGACAUGAAAAAAUGCUACAAAGAUCUUCCAACCACUGCAACCCCUGUAGUGGUUCCCACAAGCACAGCGUCCCGUGCUGACGGCACCACGACCAUCGCUGCUGUACCUGGCAGUGCCAAUGACACCACUGAAGUCGUCCCCAAAGCUGUACCAGAAGCUACAAUCACCACCCCAAGUCUUCAUUUACCUUCCACCACAUCCAUCCUGAUAGACUCUGAGAUGACCACUGGAAACAGCAAUUUAUCACAGCACUAUGCAAAUGAUGAUGAAGGCUUCGGUUCAACUGUGACAGCAGCUGUGAUUGGGAUUGUCAUUCCUGUGGUGGUCAUUGGCUUGCUGUGCAUGGGAGGAUACCUCAUCUGGAGAAACUGGAAGCGGAAGAAUACUAAAAGCAUGAAUUUUGAUAAUCCAGUUUAUAGGAAGACAACAGAAGAGGAAGAUGAAGAUGAAAUCCACAUUGGGCGAACUGCCCAAAUUGGACACGUGUACCCUGCACGUGUAGCAUUAAGCUUAGAAGAUGAUGGGUUGCCAUGAGGAUGAAGAUGCUGCUCCAGUCAUCUGAACACUGAACAAAUCUGCUUUGGAUCACAGAACCUUCUUCUUCUUUUUGGUCAUUAUUUAUGUUGCAGAAGGGUAACCACAAAGUUAUAAUGAACUGCAAACAUCCAAAGGAUGUGAGAGUUUUGUAUGUAUAAUCUUUUAUACACAUUUUAACUUGUUGCACUACCCAUUUGUGAUAGUGAAUAAGCAACAGCUGAGCUACUAACUCAAUGUACAUAACCAGCCAGGCUGAAGGUUCAGUAGCUAUUGCUUUAUUUUAAGACUAUAUUUAUAGAUAUUUUGUAAAUAUGUUGAAUAUGCUUUGUGGCUAUCCAUCAACAUAAGUAAAAUAAAUUCUGUACAGGCAGUUUAGAAAUAUUUAUUAACAAAAUCUGGAUUAUGAGAUCUGUUCUGUAAAUACAGUAGAGGGGUGAGAGUAUU